AUGAAGCGUAGGCAGAGGGAGUGGCUGGCCAGGAAACCUCGCAUCAUUGUAUCUUCUGCCCCAAAAGAGCUGGCCCACUACUAUGAUAAGAGAGCGGUUCCUCAUAAUCCUCGGCCUGUGAAUAAGAAGAAAAAACCUUGCCGGAUUGAAAAGAAAGUGAAAGAGGUUUUGGCAAGGUUUGACCUCCCUCCUCCCACACUUGUUGAAACCAAAGAUUUCCCGGUGGCUAUCCCAUGCACCCUUCCAGAUGCCGGGAAAACCCGUCCAGAGUUCUGGGUCAUUGCUUUCCGUGCCAACACAGAAGGUGAUAAUAGGCAAGUGUUGGAAGCUUGGAAAGUGGUUAAAGACUCGGGCAUCAAACCGGCUUGCCGUCCCAGUGGUCGAUCCAAAGCUGAGGAUGACCCUUUUCAUCCUGGGAUAUGGCUACCGUCAACACAACAUGACAUUCCAUUCCUCUCGGUAGAUGGUCGGCACGCUGAACUGCAAGCUUUCAUGAAGGUGUUUGGUAAAGUUACAAAAGGGGCACCUUCCAAGCUGCUUAGAGUUCAUGAUCUGAACACCCAGAAGCGGAUGGGAUUAGCAUCUUUUGCUUCUCCUUACCUUGCAAACACCAUGGAUCAUGUUCCGACAGAUGAUCAUUCGACCAUGCGCCUUGGUAAACUUGGAGCUGCUUUGGCUGUCAAUGAGGGACAGAGCGAAGGUUGGCAUUUUGAUCGUAAUGAUGAUGACUCAACAUAUUCGGUGGUGUCUGUGUUUGGUGAAGGAUGGCUUGUGAUACCUCAAUUGAACAUGGAGUUUGAGCUGUCAGUUGGUACAGUUUUGUUCUUCCAGGCGUCACAUCUCGCCCACUAUGUACGUCCGCUCAACAAAGAUGACAAAGGAAAGAGGUUGGUGGUCACCACCUUCACUUGUGCGGAGAUGAACUUGGAACCGGGAGAAAUCUUUGAGCGUGCCAAAGAUGAGGAGAAUCAGAGUAUGCAACACAAUGAGCCUCUGCAUCUCACAAGUCUACGGAAUCACCCUUUUCACACCAAUCAAGUGGUGUCGGUGCCCGACGCGUUCAUAGCACCAACCAAGGUGCCUGCUCCAGCCCCAGUAGUUCCAGAUGGGCCUGCUUCCGCUACACCUUCUUCUUCCAACAGCUGCACAUUGGACCGGCGAGUGGAACGGCGAGCACACUUGGGAGAAGGUGUCCCAGGGGUUGCCGGUGUCGAAGAUCUGGGAGCAGCACGGGCUUGGAGCUGGAUGUUGUGCAGCAUGACCGUCAAGAUACCGGUCUCAUCACGGCCGUAA